AUGCAGACCUCAAGCGAGGUAGCUGAGAGGUCGGCGUCGACCCCAUCAUCUCAUUGUACAAGCGCACUGCACUCAGCAGCGCGACGCAGUGUGACUGUCGCGCUGGAUCAGCACCCGCUGGUGAGUGCGCAUACGGUGGUCGCAGCUGAGCCGAGGUGGGCUGAUAGUCACGUGCUUCCUUCGUCUGCCACGACUGAAGAGGGAACUGAUGACAGCUUCGACAAAUGCCCUGCAACACUGCCCCUGGUGCGUGCACACGACACCGGGUCCGUAAGCCACGCUGCUGACGAAGAAAUGAAGCUAAUGGAUGACUUCGGCAGCGGUGGGGGCAUGGCCUUUGCCUGCGUAGCAACCGCAGAAGCGGCAGUAAGUGUCGUACGGGACACAGGUCCCACACCCGUGACGAAGAUGCUGUGGUCGAGCUCGCAGCAACCUAUGACUGCUGGACACGGCAAUAGCCCCGUCAUCGUUUCCGUUCGACAAGUGAGCUCUGCUAUCGGUAACGGUGUUUGUGUGCCGUACAGAAAUAACAGCCGCGUGGGGCUGGCCACGGCGUCGACGUCGUCCUCUCUGUCCAACAACGAGAAGGCUGCGCAGCCAAAGCCGUACCCAGUUACUUCAGCAAGUAGCCUGCAGGACUGGUCGUCGCUGCCACGGCUCGGCUUCCCGGCCCCUCGUGAUCCAGCUGUGGUGCAUGCCGAAGCUGUUUCGCAGUCCGUCCGGGGCAGGAAGGAACGCAAGCGAGAGGAUAAGUGGAACCGUCGUUGCCGCGGCGUCUCGCUGCUGGCGAGCGCGUCGCCUGAUGUAAUUGUGAAGCUGCGCGCCGUAGCGCGGGAGUAUGGAAUUCCGCACCACCUACGCAGCGUCAUGUGGCUCACCUUGACAGGCAUGGCGCUCAAGGUAGAUGAGAACGAGUACUUCUGCGCCAAGCUACUACGGCGCAACGGGUACGUGACGGGUUCGAAUGCGGACGCCAUCGCCGCUGACGUGCAGCGAACCUUCCCCGAUCACCCUUACUUCUCUGACCAAGACGUAGGAACAUACAAGCUGACCAACGUCCUGCACGCGCUAUGCUGGCGUAACCCACUGCUGAGCUACUGCCAAUCCUUCAACUUUCUGGCCGCUUUCCUGCUUCUCGUGCUGGAUGACGAGGAGCGCGCUUUUUGGUUGCUCGUGCACAUCUUUGAGGAGCUCUUGCCCAACGACUUCUAUGGCGAAACGCUGCUGGGCGCCAACGUUGAGCAGGCUGUGCUGGAAUACCUUGUUGAGAAGCAGCUGCCUCGGGUCGCCGCCAAGUUUCGCGAGGCAGGCUUGCAAGUAAAAGUGCUCGUUGCGAACUGGAUCAUGUCCUUGUUUGUGAAUGUGUUCCCAAUCGAGACGACGCUGCAUGUGUGGGACUACGUCUUUUGCCGCACGCCAAGCCCUGGAGAACGCACCCCUGCACACCUCGAAAUCACACUCGCCACGUUAAAGUAUCUCGAUGACGCGAGCCUCCUCAGCAGUGGCAAUGCCGGCGAGCUGCUCGUUUCCCUACGCAAGCACACGGCCUGCCUCUUCGACGCGGAAGCGCUGGUUCGCCUGGCCCAGUCGAUGACCAUCGCACCAGCGCAGUUACACCAACUGCGCCGGCAAUGCAAGCCAGCAGUGGUGCAGCAGAUGAAAGCGCGAGAGCAGGCUCGCGUGGUGCAGCAGGAGCGCCGCGUCGCGCAGGAGCUGCGCUCUGUACGUCAGAAGGCGCUGACUUCUGCCAAUGACCUCUGA